AAACUGCUGUGGACCAUCAGUUUUGACUGAAUUUGCAGAAGAAACAAACCUGACAUAGACCUUAAUACUGAAUACAAAAAUUGAAACAACAAUUUUUUGAAUAGCUCAAAGAUGAAGGUACUCGUAUUAUUGUUGGUUGUCUGCAGUUUGCAAGCGUCAUUGGCCUGUAUGUGUGCUUGGGAAACACCACAGCAGAAGUUCUGCAGAGCAGAUUUUGCCAUUCGUGGUCGAGUGAUCUCUACUUCCCCACAAGGACAAAUGUCUAUCAAGUAUCUUGUGAGAGUGACAGAGAUUUACAAAGGGGCAGAUCUGAUGCCCGCGCAGGAUGUUGAAAUCUUGACAGCAUCGUUUGAUUCUCUGUGUGGCAUCCCAGGUCUCCAGGUCAACACCGAAUAUCUUCUCACAGGUCAUAAGUCGCAAGGUGACCUCACAAUAAGUAUUUGUAAUUGGAUAGAAAAAUAUGAUGACUUAACCAGCAGCACGCGUCAGAGUUUGACAGCUGUCAAUUGUGAUGAUACUGUGUAGAUGAGUAAAAAUUACUAUAUGAACAUUAUGUGCAAAUGACUACUAUCACAGCAAGUUAUUAUACUGAAUUUUCGCUACGAACCAUACCAGAAAGUCAUUGAACUAGGACUCUCCAGUCAUCUAUGAAGACUGCGAGACAAAAUACAUUAAUGGAAAACAAACAAGAAAAGAGCAUACGGAACCGCAAAACAGAUUACAAAGUUUUAUGAUGCAGAAAGAAAAAAAUGCAUGUCUCCUUUACAAUCAAAUUACCCAUUUUUAAUUGCUAGUAGUUAUUUAGAUUCUUAGAGAAAAAUUAUUUAUGGUAUGAUUAAACGAAAUUAAGAUUGUUAUAUGAGAAUAAAUGAAGACAGAAUAAAAUUCCAAUGUUUACUUGAAAUUGUUGAAUAAAUGGUCUCAUAAAGUAAA